AAAAAAUAAAAAAAAUAAAAAAACGACACACACACACACACAAAAAUCCACUUGCAGAGAGUCGACCGUGCAAAUCUCGUAAUCUCGUACAAUCAGAGAUGGAGAUGACACCCCAAGAACUCCUCCAAUACAACGGCAGCGACCCUUCGAAGCCCAUCUACGUGGCGGUGAAGGGACGCAUCUUCGACGUCACCGCCGGCAAGUCCUUCUACGGUCCCGGCGGUCCGUACGCCGUGUUCGCCGGCAAGGACGCGAGCCGUGCUCUGGCCAAGAUGAGCAAGAACGAAGAAGACGUCUCUCCUUCCCUCGAAGGCCUCUCCGACAAGGAGAUCGGCGUCCUCAACGACUGGGAGAAGAAGUUCGAAGCCAAGUACACCGUUGUUGGUCGUCUCGCUUCUUAAGAUUAUUAUUCCCUAGCUUUGAUGACUUUAUGUUUGUUUUCUCUUAUGAUUUCUGUAAUUAUUUUGUGGCAUUUUACUUUUUGGCUUCUGGGUAUCUGUAAUAACGUGGAAAUUUCUAAACUUUGUUGGUGUACCUGAUCUUGGAUGCUGGCUAUGAAUGAAUGGAUGUGGAUUAUAAUAAUAAA